AUGCAGGCCAAAGACUGGAGCGCAGACCAAUAUCUCAAGUACGAAGCUGAACGUACACGACCGUCGUGGGACCUAUUGUCUCAGGUGCCACUGAAAUCUCCAAAACGCAUUAUUGACCUCGGCUGUGGACCAGGAAAUUCGACGUCAGUGCUUCUUCAGCGUUUCCCCGAAGCAAAGAUCACAGGUACGGAUUCGUCGCCAGACAUGAUUGAAAAAGCGAAGAAAAGACUUCCCGAGCUCGAAUUUACUUUGGGUGAUCUCACCUCGUUCAAGGACACCGACUCGGCCGACCUUCUUUUUGCCAAUGCGGUAUAUCAAUGGGUACCGUACGAAAAAAGGAUUCAGGUCUUUACGAACCUGAUCAAAAGCCAGCCAUCACGGGGAGUAUUCGCUUUUCAGGUGCCUGACAAUUUCUCAGAGCCCUCACAUGUUGCCAUGCGGUCGGUGGCCAAUGAAGGUUUAUGGGCCGAGAAGUUGAAACGCCUGCAUCCAACUCGCAAACCGUUUCAGUCACCGCAGGAACUCUACAACCAGCUCAAACCCUUGUGCUCGGAUCUCAAUAUUUGGCAUACGUAUUACUAUCAUAUCCUGGACGAUCAUGAAGCGAUCGUGGAAUGGGUCAAAGGCACUGGACUGAAACCAUUUGUUGACCCUCUAUCUCCAUCGGAGAGAGAGGGGUUUCUUGCGGCCUAUCUGGAACAGAUCAAGCGGCUUUAUCCUGCGCUGAAUGACGGGAAAGUCUGUCUACGAUAUCCACGACUUUUUCUCGUCGCAACGAAAGCCUAG